AUGAUGAUGUCGCAGCUGGCUCUCAGCCGCUUCAGUCUGAACGACGCCGGGCUCGACAACGAGUUCGACCUGCUGCUGGGCGCGCCCGUGUUCGUGUUCCUCUGCUUCGUCUACUUCGGUCAGACGUGGCUGCUGCUGGAGCCGGCGCACUGGUGCCGCUCCCCGGAACUCGACGCGCUCGGCUUCGGCCCGCGACAGGCGCGCCGCCUGUCGGUGCCGCCCGACGAGCACGGCGGUUACGACCAGUGCCUCAUCUACGACGUCAACUUCACCCUGCUGGUGAGCAGCGGCAACUGGAGCGGCCUGGGCCCCGGCACGCCCACGACGUCCUGCCGACACGGCUGGCACUUCGACUUCGGCACCCUCUACCCCACCGCCGUGUCCGAGUUCGGCUGGGUGUGCGAGAACGCCUGGCUGAAGCCCUUCGUGUCGUCCAUGUUCUUCGUCGGCGCCGUGAUCGGCACCAUGGUCUUCGGCUACCUCGCCGACAGGUUCGGCCGGCUGCCGGCGCUGGUCUCGGCAAACCUGCUGGGCUGCUGCGCCGGUCUGCUGACGGCCGCCGCCAGCGGGCCGGCCAGCUUCGCGCUGGGCCGCCUGCUGGCCGGCGCCACGUACGACCAGCAGUGCGUGCUAGCGCUGGUGUUGCUCAGCGAGUCGGUCGGCGCCCGCUACCGCACGCUCGUCAUCAACGUGCCGAUGGCCACCUCCUUCAUGCUGGCGGCCGUCUGCCUGCCGUGGCUGGCCUCCGGCCUGGCGCACUGGCGCACACUGGCGCUCGUCACUGGCGCGCCAAUGGCCGGCGCCGCGCUGUACGCCUACACGGUGCCCGAGUCGGCGCGCUGGCUGCUGCGCCGGCUGGCCGCUGAGAACGGCCGGUUCGUGCCCGAUGCCGUGUUUGCGGCGUUCGAGGAGCGGGCGCGGCGGCGCGCGGCGCAGCAGCGGCAGUCGGCCUCCGUGGCCGAACUGUUCCGGCGGCCGGCGCUGCGCGGCCGCACCCUGGUGCUCAUGUUCACCACCAUGGCCAUGAUGCUCAGCUUCGACAGCAGCGUGCGCAAUACCAACUUCGACAUCGACAUGCGCGUGGCGGCCAGCGUGCUCAGCCUGAUGGAGCUGCGGGCCACGUUCAGCGGCGCCCUGCUCAUGGCCGCGCUCAGCUCCCUCAUGCUGGGUCUCACCCUGCACGCGCGCACCCUGCCCACCGUCUCCACCACGUUCGCCAUGCUGAACCGACUUUUCGCGACGGUGGCGGCCAACAUCUGCUGGCAGGUGGGCAUCGAGCUGACGCCGACCCAGGUGCGUUCGCAGGGCUGCGGUCUGAUUCACGUGGCCGGCCACGCGGUUGCCUUCUUCAGCCCGUACAUCCUGCACCUGCACCGGCAGAUGCGCGGCCUGCCGCAGCUGCUCCUGAGCGCGUUCGGCCUGCUACAGGCCCAGGUGCGGUUCGCCGACGAUAGCAGCGACAGUCUGAAUGUGCUCGAGCCGAGCCAGCGGGGCGCUGCCGGUGCUGCCCCGGGCGUCGGCCUGCCCGCGAAUCUCGCCACCCGCUAG